CAAGUCAGCCCGGGAGAGGAGCUGGGAUUUAGGAGCAGAAGAAGCGCUUCCUUGGGGGCGAGUGUUUUGUGCGCGCACAACUUCCUCGGACCUGGUCCCUCUGAGCAGCCUUUCCCAGCCCAAUGACCUUGAACCGUGGUGACAAGCUGAGAUACCUGGACAAGCGGCGUGGCAGCAUGCCUUUCGCCCUGCACCAACAGCCCCUGCACCGGCGGAGCAUGCCGGUGGACGAGCGGGAGUUGCAAGCCUCCCUGCCCCAAGCCCAGCUGUCGCAGCUGGUGCGCUGCACUUCUUACAACCCCUCCGAGGAAGCGCAUCACCAGCAAGGCUGGACUUCAGACUCUUCUGACUCGGUCAUCUCCUCCGGCAGCGACUCUGACAACAAUCUCUACAAAGUCAUCCUGCUGGGCGAGCAUGGCGUGGGGAAGACCAGCCUGGCCAGGAUCUUUGGGGGAGUGGAAGAUUGCCCGGAUGCCGAAGAAGCUGGCAAUACAUAUGACAGAUCUAUUGUAGUUGAUGGCGAAGAAGCUUCCCUUGUGGUGUUUGACAUUUGGGAACAGGAUGAUAACCAAUGGCUUCAGAAUCAGUGUAUGAAAAUGGGGGAUGCCUACAUCAUUGUUUACUCCGUGACGGAUAAAGUCAGCUUUGAGAAGGCCUCAGAACUGAGAAUUCAGCUGCGAAGAGCAAGGCAAACGGAAGACAUUCCUAUCAUUCUCGUGGGAAACAAGAGUGACCUGGUCCGAUCACGGGAAGUCUCUGUAGAUGAAGGACGAGCUUGCGCCGUGGUGUUUGACUGCAAGUUUAUAGAGACUUCUGCUGCUCUGCAUCACAACGUGAAGGACCUGUUCGAAGGGAUUGUCCGGCAAAUUCGGCUACGCAAAGACAGCAAGGAGGACAACGCUCGGCGAAUGGCGAACACCAAAAGGAGAGAGAGCAUCAGCAAGAAAGCCAAGAGGUUCCUGGGCCGAAUCGUGGCCAAGAACAAUAAGAAGAUGGCCUUUAAGGCCAAGUCCAAAUCUUGCCAUGACUUGUCAGUGCUUUAAUGGGGCACCUUUGGAAGACCAGAUGCUGUGUGUGUUUGUGUAUGUGUGUGGGAUUGUGAACAUGGCUUUGAUUGUAAAGAGUGGAAACAGAAUUAUGGACCUGAGCCACACGGUGAGAGAGAAGUGCUCUCCUUCAUGCCUUAAGGCUCCUAAGCAAGACUUGGAAAGAAGAUGACCAUGUCUUCAUUGGCAAUUGGUUUUUAUGCUUCUGUGUUCAUGAGGAACUGAACAGAAUUUUCCAGUUCUGUGGCUUUGUAUGCCUGCGCCUUCACUGUGUACCCUUGUUAACUGUCCUGUGGAUAUCAGGGAUGCAGGGAUCUGAAUGAAUGGUAAAACUGAUCAGUGUCAUCAUUUUUGUCCUUUGCAGAUCAAGACUUGAAUCAAUGUACGCAGGAUCGUACAGUCUUCUUUGGUAUAUAUUAGAAAGCUCUAAUCUUUUUUUUUUACAAAAAUGUGGGCUGGAUCAGGCCAUUCUAAGUGCAUUUAGGACAGGAGACCGCAAAAUCUAGACUAAACUAUUAUUUUUUUGAAGUUAAUUUGCACUUUCAUUAACUCUUUAAUUUGUAAUUUGUUUACAUGCAAAUUUUAUAAUAAAGUAUUUCUGGUUACAA